ACUCCUCUCGACAGACGGGUCGCCCGAAGUGACUCUCGGGGUCGUCUAUCGCGACGAUGGGGGUCUCUGCGUUCAUCUGUGCUGCUUUACUGUGUGGAGAGGUUGUUUUUACCCUCGGAGAUAAACACUCUCUGUACUACAUUUACACCGCUCUCAGCAAAGAUGUUGCUCUACCAGGGAUCUAUGAGUUCACAGCACUGGGUCUGCUCGAUGACCGGGCCAUCGACUACUACAACAGUCAGGAACAGGUGAAGGUUCCUAAGCAGGACUGGAUGAGAGAGAAGCUGCAGCCAGAUUACUGGGACAAAGGCACCCAGUCUCGCAGGAGCAAAGAGCAGUGGUUCAAGGUCAACGUGGAAAUCCUGAUGCAGCGAAUGGGACACAAUCAGACCAACCUUCACGUUCUUCAGUGGAGACAUGGCUGUGAGAUCGAGGAAGCAAAUGGAAAACCCAAAUUUCUGAGAGGCAUUGAUGAGUACAGCUAUGACGGCGAUGAGUUCCUCUCUUUUGAUGAUGAUAACAUGCGGUGGAUCGCUCCAGUUGCACAAGCUUUGCCAACCAAAAGGAAAUGGGAUGAUGUGCCCAUCCUGAACCAGUACACCAAGGGUUACCUGGAGAAAGAAUGUGUGGACUGGCUGACCAAAUUCAUGCAGUACGGAAAAGAAGCACUGAGAAAACACUCUCCACCAGAUGUUCAUGUGUUUGCGAAGAAAUGCACAACUGACUCGACCAAGCUGACCCUGACCUGCCUGGCCACGGGCUUCUACCCCAAAGACAUGGUGGUGAGUCUGAGGAAGUACAGAACUGCACUGCCUGAACAUCUAGUAAAGUCUUCAGGAGUCAGACCCAAUGAAGAUGGAACCCACCAGCUGAGGAAGAGUGUCGACAUCCAGGAGGAUGAAAAAGCAAAAUACGACUGUUUUGUGAAUCACAUCACCCUCAAAACACCAGUAACUAAACAAUGGGUACCAAGUUCAGGAAUGGUUGGAGCCGUGAUUGGCGGAGUGAUUGUGCUUCUGCUUCUGACUUCGGGUGGGAUCAUCUUCGCCCUUAUAAAGAAGGGCAUAAUUGCCGUUCCGUGUAUUGGGAAUCCUGUGACUAUGGCGACUGCAGCAACUGCUCUGCAAGCCCCACCAAAUGGUGUUCCUGAAAAGCUCAUGCAAGCUGGAAAUGGAGCAGUGAUGACCAAUGGAACAGCAAAUGGCCACCCUGAAGAAGUGCCUCUGUGUUCAAAUGGUAAUGAACACAUGCAUGAGAAAGGCAUGAAUGGAGCUCCUGCUAGCGCUUAAUCUGCUGUUUCAACACCUCAGACCAGCAAGCUCAACGAGUCAGUCAAAUGAUUUCAGCAUUUUACUGUACAUUACUGUAUUUCAGAUAUCAAGGCCUUUAGCACUUCAGACACAAUCCUUAACAUUGGGGGUGGGAAUCUUCAGGCACGUCACGAUUUGAUUCGAUUACGAUUCAGAGGCUGCGAUGCGAUUAUAAAAGGAUUAUCUAUACAGCAUUUCUGUUUUCUUACUGUCUGACGACGUGGUAGUUUCAAAGCAAAGUUUCUGUAAUGAUCUAUAAUGAAUUUACUUCCAAUAUCUUUUAUUAAUAAAUCAAAUGGAAGUGAUGUGGCGAGUGAACUGGAAGACUCUCAUUCACUGCUCUUGUUUGGAGCACAUGAGACGCUGCUGCCACUCAUCUGUGAUAAAAUGCGCUGUUAGGGUGAAAUAAGAUCCAGUAGGAACGGAUGUCCAUGCAACACACAUUACAGCGUCUUUAGUGAUUUUAUAACAUUGGUUUUGGUCUCGUUGUAGAGGGUGGGGGAGGGGGUGGAGGGGUGUCGCUGUUUCAGUAAAAUAUUUCUGAGACUGGAUGCUGAAUCUUGGCUCCAAAGUGUGCAGCAUAGCGUGAAUGUUAGUUACUUGGACUUACAUCUAUUAGCAGCGCAGUUGGUUUCCUGGUGCAUUAAAUCUGCAACGAGAGACGGUAUCUCUCUCUAAAAAAGUCGCUUCUCU